AUGGCGACGACUUCACAUGGUCGAGCCGUGAAGUCUCUCAACAAGUCCUCUGGUCGCGGCCGUUUUGUCUUCAAGUCAUUCUCUGAGAGAGUAGAUGAGAUUGAUAUCAAUGUAUAUCGAAGUAUCGAGAAGGUCAAAGCCGAGCCAUCUGAGGGUUCUUCGUUUUUCAGGGACUGCCUUAUAGAAUGGAGGGAGUUGAACACGGCCGAGGAUUUCAUUUCAUUGUAUGAAGAAAUUAUGCCUUGUACACAAACAUUGCCCCUGGUGCUGUUGCACAAGGAAUCUUUAAUCUCAAAGCUUCUUUCUAGGUUGCACAUAAAAGCAAGACUAUCCCUUGAUGCAAUUCUCAGGUUAAUUGCUGCUUUAUCUAGGGAUCUCCUUGAGGAAUUUGUUCCAAUUGUUGAUUCUUUAGUAUAUCUUCUUGAGAACGGUGGUGACAGGGAACCAGAUAUCAUGGAGCAGGUAUUCACGACAUGGUCAUACAUCAUGAUGUAUUUACAAAAAUAUCUAGUACGCAACCCAUCAGAGGUGCUCAAGAUACCUAAUCUUAUCUCUAAGGGUACUAGGUUAAUAUUGCUAGGGUCUAGGAAUGGGAAAAUGGAUGUUCCAUCAAGGAUUGUUGAACCCUUUAUUGGGAACUUAGAAAAUAUUAUCCUUACAGAGGUCACGUCAAAACUGAGGUAUUAUCCUAAAGAAUAUGUCCAACAAUUCAUGGCAGAAGCAAUGUCAUUUGUUUUGAGGAAUGCCUCAGACGAGCAGCUCGAAAGAGGAGUUAGAAGAGUAAUUGAUGAUGCAGUGAAGAAGCCAUCUCUGUGUAGAGAAUCAGGUGUCAAGGCAUUGCUUUUUAAUAUUAUGAAAGGUUACACAUCCAGGUUCCAUUCAAAAGCAGAGAGAGUGUUACAAUUGUUGACCACUGAAGCAAUUUAUCCUGUUGGUGAUAAAGCUAACCAAGAUUCAAUGACCAUUCUGAAAAUUGUUAAAUCUGUCUUCAAGAAUCUGUGUGAGAAGAUGGAGUCUAAGGAGUUGAAUUUGGUAUGGAAUUGUUUAUAUAAGGAAACAGAUGAAUGUCUUAAUACUGGAAAUACCAGGCACUUAAGACAUGUUUUAUCAGUACUUGUGUCUGCUAUAAAGAUACAGAAUGGGCAAAAGGUGUCUGGUAAGUUCAAAUCCUAUGUUACCACACUUUUCUUUUUGAUCUGUUCAGCUAAGUUGAUCCAGUUGACAAUGACAGUAAGCUAUGGUAGUUUUAUGGUCAUGGGUAUGGUUAAUCCCUUCCCACAAGAUUAUAAGCCUGCGUUGAAACUAGCUGUGCGGCUUGUGCAGACAUUUAUUAAACCUUAUGGAGUUAUUGAUUCACAAGAAGAUAUACAUUUAGUUGUUGAUAUAAUUUUGAAAUUAAUGUUGGCCAUUCUCAAAGGACUCUGCAAUUGCAAUACCUCAAUGAUAUCAGAGUGUGCUAUCCAGUGGGCUCCAAUUUUUAAAUUAAGAAGCUCAAGUCUGUUGUCUUUCAUUAAAGAACUGCUACAGGAGGAUCUUUGUUUACUUCAUUUCAGAAGCAAUAUUAUAAGUGCACUCAAUGAUUUGAUGGAGAUUUCAGAGGAAGAGAUCAUUCAUUUGUUACAGUCUCUCUGCGAGAAAAUGCAAUUAGAUAUAUGUAACUCAGACUUUGUCGAUGGAACAAGUGAAGAAGCGCUGGCUAGAAUAUGCAGUCGUUUGCAAGAUAUAAUCAGUUCUUGGAAGGGAAAAAUAAAUGCUAGUGCUCAUGCUGAUGCGUUAUGUCAAAUUGAUGAAGGAAAGUUAGCACUUCUUUGGGGAGCUGUGAGCUGCUAUUCUCAUAUGUCUAUUGUUGGUGGCAAUACGUCCUUGAUGGUGGAGCUCAUGGAUGCUGUAGAUCAUCUUCUGACUGUUAAAGCUGGUUAUAUUGGAGAUAUGUCCAAAAAGGCCUUGGAAUGUAUUAUAGGUUCUGCAUUAAGUUCUUACAACCGAUUGUACAAAAGAAGUUUCUGUGGAGCUGAUGAAACUGGGAAGUUUUUAAGUCUUGCAAAACGAUAUAAGAUGUCUUCAUCAUUGUUGUUGGCUGUUGCUGAUUAUUUGGAAGUCAAGCAUGGUUCUUCAUUAGAAGACAAUAAGUGUAGAAUUUAUCAUCCAGAACUUGAAGAAAAGACAGCAGAAGCUGUGGUAAGUUUGUCUGAUAAUUUGCAUCACCCAGACAAGGAUAUUCGGAUUUCAACUCUAAAAAUUCUUUGCCACUAUAAACCUCUGCUUUGGGAAAAUUCUUCAGUGGAUCAGCCAGCUAAGAAACAGAAAAUUGAAGUUUCUCCAACUUGCAAUGCUGAAUGCAAAGAAAAUAAUAAGCAUUCAGCUGUUGAUAUCCAAGAUACAGAUGGAACUAUCUGGGGGAAGGAUUCCAAAUGCUUACAUGCCUCUGUUAUUGAAUGGAUUGUUGGGCAUCUUGAAUAA